AUGCUGCGCGACGAUCGAUUCACAGAUACAAUAUCCAGAAACACCUCCGUACAGUCGGCCAUCUCCAGAUUUGAUCAGCAACGGCCGAUCCAGUUGAGCAUGAGGCCGCGGCUAGAGCGCCACAACACCUCUAUGGCGGAUUUCCCUUCUUCUCAAGUUGGCUACUCGAUCCGCGAGUACAAUGGGUCAGCUGAUCCUCCGCAAGCGGUCGUCGUGCCCAUCCCUAGACCUCGUGCUUUGCCUUCGUCUCCCGAUCUGCGGCGCUCCAAAUCCGUUGAUGAACGAAGCUUUGGCCCUACGGUGAUGAUAACCGUCAAGCCGAACGAGGACGAUGUCACAUUUAUGAAGGCCAACUAUGAGAACGACAGCGAGUUGGAACUGCGCAGCUUCGACCAAGGCUUUCGGCCGACCAACUUUGGCAGAGGCAUACAGGGAAUGUACAACACUACCAUGAGCGAAAUCGACGCGUCCACCGUGGACGAGGAAACGUUGCUGAACGCUUUGGGAGUUUCUCCUUUACCAAAAACGUCCGAAAACAACACUUUUCCUGCUAAAAGCAAUGUCAUCUCGCAACAGAAAGAUGUGAGUUUGCUAAUUUUUCUAAUUAAUUUGUUUUGGGUAUGAGUCAUGUAGUUUUGUUUUAUAUUUUUCUUUCCUCCAUCUUUAUCUUUUUGAGAUUAGUCAGGCAGUUCUCCGAUCAUUUUGAAUUUCGCGAAAUCACUUUGAACGCGGCAUAGGUAUUUUUUUUCUUUUCAAUUAUUACUAUUUUUAAUGAAGACAAGAUUGAACUGAAACUUAACAAAAAUUUUUUGUUUUUUGAACUUUAGGCUAUCAGCUGGUGAUCGGAAAAUGAUUCAUUCUUUAUUCCCGCAUUCAACUUAAAAUUGAGAAUGCUCCAAAAAGUUAAAAAGCUAAAGCAUUUGUCGACAGUUUGAAAUGGAUUUUUUUUUUCGAAAAUUUGUAUAUACUCAGAGUUUUCCGAAAGUUGUAGUUCAUUAAGAAAAAAACGAAAAAAAAAAGUCGUCAAAAAGUUUGAUUGCCGCACAGUUGUGAAUACUUACCCAGGGUUUGAAGUACUGCUCUGAAGGCAAUGGACACCUGUAAAAGAUGUGUUGGUGGCUGUCAGAGGCUCGCUCUGUUUGUGGACUUGAGCAGCGGAACGCGACAAUGUCCUGCGCCUCUGUAUUGCUCGCACCCCUUUUUCGGCUUCGUUCCAGUCUUGCCACAGAAAUCGAUCCACCUGUCCUCACCUCGCUGUAUCGCCUUCUGCAUUAAGUAUUCUUUCGAAGCCCAAAACUUCAACUAA